AUGUCCACUUUCGGCAACAAAUCCGUGAAAGUUCAUGAUCGGGAACUCGUUCAACUCUCAAUUGUGCCACAGAAAUCGGACUAUACCGGACUCUUUGGCCAUUACUCGCGGAGCUCGGGUGUGGGGGUCAAUAAGAAAGCUUUGAUGAUUGGAGUCAACUAUUUUCGCCAGCGGGGUCAAUUAUGCGGCAGCAUACGUGAGGUUCAGAACAUGUCCGCAUAUCUCAACCUGAACUUUGGAUACCCCAGAGAGAACAUGGUCAUUCUAACGGAUGACCAGCGAAAUCCAUUCUCCCAACCGACAAGAGCCAACAUACUUAGGGCAAUGUGUUGGCUGGUGAAAGAUGUCCAGAGCAACGACUCUUUGGUUUUCCACUACAGUGGUCAUGGCCCACAGCCACCGAGCGAUAAGGAAGAGGAGGAAGGCUGCGACGAAGUUAUAUUCCCGGUGGACUUUCGCUCAGCUGGUUGCAUAAUAGGUAUUGAGAUUUACAAAAUAAUGAUUCAAGGACUGCCUGCUGGUGUGAAACUCAAAACUAUUUUCGACUAUAGUUAUUAUGAGGGAAUGACAAUUUACUGA